AUUCGAAACAUUGCCAUAUUAGUUGUAUUUUAAGAGUCGUACUUUAUGGUUGUUGUAAGCGCGAAACGCACAAGCCUAUCAACCAGAUAACCAGAUCAACUUGUCGUAAACGGAUAUUUUUACAAUAAAAAAAAUAAAUGAAAAACAAAAGCGAAUGAAACAGAUAGAAAAACAAAAAAAGGCAAAAAAUACCUAUAAGAAACAAAAAUAUUUUAUUAAACAAAAGAAAUAUAUUAAAAUAAACCAAAACACCUAGCAAAUAAAAAUAAGAAAUAAAUUUUAAAAGUUUUCAAGCAACAAGUGCAGUGAAGUUUUCUUAAAAUCUUGUCAAAAAGAUACCUGGUUAUAAAUGAUUUAUGAUUUAUAAAUUGUGAGUUUUUCUUUAUUGUGUGUUUAGAAAAGUUAAAUCAUUGCAACUAUUCACAAUAUAUUUUAUCUAAAACAACAGUUAUAGUAAAACAAAAACCUAUCGUUCGAUCGGUGUUCGAUUUUUCUCUCAUCCGUUUUGUGUGUGCGAGUUUUUUUUUUCUUAUUUUGUCUUCUUCAUUUAUUGGUUUUGUUACCAAUUUUCGCUGUGUAUGUUUGUUUGUGAGCUACCGUAGUCGCAGCCGCUAUCUGUCUGUCGGUCGGUCGUUUGUCCAACUAUGUAUGGUGUUAUGUUGAAUUGUGGCUAAACAACGGAAUCCCCCGCGUGCGCCUUCAACUUCUAGCAGCCAAGAAGAAAAACGAAAAAAAAAAACAAAACACAACAACACUCUUCAUAAUACAUUACAAAAACCAAGCAAGAAUCAAAGUCUCAUCGGUUUGUGGUGUUUCAACGACAACGUUAACGUAGACGCCUGCCUGCCUUCUUGUCAACGCAGAUCCCAUAUAACACACCAACUCCUCACUUAACAAAAGCAAAAUACGAAACAGUUGAAAAGAGUUGAGCUUACACACAAUUAUUAUGAAUUUUGUCGCUGUUUCAAGUUUUUAUUUUUUGUCAUCGUGUAUUGAGGUGUAUUGGCGCGGUGGAGUUUAAGCAUUCACACACUAUCCAAGCAACCAACCAACCAACCAACCUCCCCCCAAAAUUCCCCACACACCAGACAGAAACAACAAACCAUAAAGAAAACGAUUUACAAAAAAAUAAAAUAUAACAGAAAUAUUUUUAAAAAACAAAACAGAAAAUAAAAAAUUGUUAAUGUGUGGUGCUAGCAGCUAGAGCUCCAAAAUCCCCACACGCAGCACUCACACAACCAGAGCGAGUUAUAGUGUCUGCUGCUGUUGCUCUUUGGAUAUUUGGUGGAUAACUUAACUUCUCUCCUUCGUUCUCUCUCUCUCUCUCGGUUAAUUCUACCUUUGCUCACUGUGUGAGUUGCCUUGUUUUGGAAGCAUUUCAGUUAUAUUUUCUUGUUGUUGUUGUAGGGGGAUCUUUGCAGUGUUGUUUUUGUCUCAGUUUAUUUAACCAAACCAAACGAAACAAAAAAAAAAUCAUUUAAAUUUUAAUUGAAAAAAAGUACCCAGCUAGAAAUACGAUACAACUGCGAAGCAGAAGAAAUACAUACCUGGCAAAGUGGAAAAAAGCGCAAAACCCCAAAAAAAGCAAAAAUCAUAAGCAAUAAAAUAAAACAAAAACAAAAAAUAAGAAAAAAACCAGCAACGUGUUAAGUUAAUAUUUUCACUUUUUUUCGUCGAUUUUUAUGUGUGAUGUUGGUUGGUGGUGGCUGCUCAAAUUUCAGAGCUUUAUCUUCUUUGGAGCCGAAUAGAAAAUUAUAAUUUAUGUUUUAGAAAUUUUUGAAGAUUUUCUUCUUGUGAGUGGAGUAUCCACAAACAAAAAAAGAUCAAAUAUUGUGGUGUGUGUGCAUGUGUUAGUUUUAAUUAACCAAAUAACAGUGAAUGAGAAGGGGGUGCAUUAAGGCUUACCACUACCCCAUUAACAUCGACGAGCCCAUGCCGGUUGCCGAGUGAAAAUUCAGACUCCAUGGUAGCCGAUUUAUAGCAGUCUUUGGAUAUUUUUUUCAAAUAUUUUCCAAAAAAGAUUUCUUCCUAUAUACAAACUUUUGACAAAUAUUUUAAUUUGAUGGCAGAAUAUUAUAUUACAAAAGAUACCAAAAUGUCAUCAAUAUUUAUAACCAGCUGAUAUGCUUCAUUAGCUGAUUGUUUUUAUAUUUACUGACCACACAUUGGGCGCUACUGUUUUGGUUUGAAGCAACCAUAGUUUGCUUUUCCAUUACCUUUUACGAGCGCAUCAACUUUAGUCUUCCUCCUUUUUUUUUGGAAGAGAGGCGGCAUUUUUAUUGCUAAAUAUCCUCCAAGUGAUAUUCGUUUGUAAUUAAAAACUCCAAAAGAAAAAGUAGCACUAAAACUGAAUUGGCUUCAGCCUUAGUCUAAUACCCAUUUCUACAUUCAUUAUCGUCUUAAAUAAAAAUCCAAUGCCAUAUUUUCCCAAUAUCAGUAAAAUGAGCAACAAAAUGAGCAGUAAUACAUCUUUGGACAAUACCUCCGAUCAGGAUUACAGUGAGUUCCUCAAUGAAUAUCUACUACAUACACAUUCACCGCAUAAUGAGCCGGAAAUACAAUAUGAAGAGGGCGAAUUUGAAGCUGAAUGGCUAAUUUCUGCUGGUUUUCCACAAUUAACCAAACCAUUUGAGCAGGGUCUUGAAUUGAGAACCUCUGAAUUGGAACCGAUUUUAGCUUCUUUGUCAAAACCUCAUGCCGAUGCCAUCAAACAAAGAGUACGCACUCUAAAUCAAACGGUUCGAGGUCGCACCAAGAAUCGCCAGAAACGUAAACCCGAUAUCAGAGAUGUUUUUCGAGACUUUGAUGAAUCAAGUACUGGCACUAGAUCACGCAGUGCUACCCCAGAUUCACUGGACUCCAUACCGGGUGACGAAGUAUGGGGCAAUACAUCCAUUCCCAGUUUUGUCAGCAUAUUUGAUCAUGGCAAUACGACAGACAAUGGAAAUGGUCAUUCGCCUCUGUUCUCGGGUAAAAGCCUUAAGCAAAAAUUACGCCGUACUCCAAGUGCUCCCCUGAAAGGUUCUACCGAUAUAUUCCGUGGCAAUCAUGUGCGCUGUGAUAUUCCCAUGUAUUCGGCCGAGGGUAUAGAACUUUUGGGAUUUUCUCGUAUUGGAACCAUACACAUACCAAGAAAUAGAAAUCGCUCAGGAUCGGAUCCUUCAUGCUCGGUGGGACGAGCCCGCGGUGAAAUGAUGACCCAGGAUUCUCAAAGUGAUAACAACACAUCUUCGGGUGAUUCAAGUGAUGAAUGCCUUUCAAAUCACAACAGAUUAUCGAAUUCUUCGUCUCCUGAGUCUUCGCCCCAAAAGAUUUUCGAUAAGAUACAUUUGGAUACACCACCACAGAGUGUGCAGAAUUCCCCCUCAUCCAGGGAUGGUAUAAGUUUUGAGAGUAUGUGCCGUGAGACCUCUAGUCAAGAUGGAGUGGAUACUGUCGAUAGCAGUGAUUUAUCAUUGGAAUUUUACUCCGACAUUGAUACUAUUAACGAAACGGAAUUGAAGCGUUUACAACCUUUAUUUUGGUUGGAAUUGGCUUCCAUAUUCGAUCGUAAUCAUGUCCAAUUGGACAAACGGAAACCUGUCAAGCGUCGCCGCAAAGAGGAGGGCAAAUUAUUUGGUGUUUCUCUGAAUGCUUUGAUACGACGUGAUCAGCAGAUCACUGGUACAGAUUCAACAUUGGUGCCUUUAUUCUUGGAGGGAUUAUUGGAUGAAUUGAGUAAACGCGGUGCCCGCGAAGAAGGUAUUCUACGUGUCGCUGGACAUAAACAAAAGACUGAAUUACUUUAUCAAGAACUUGAAUCGAGUUUCUAUCAAAAACCAAAAAAAUUCCAACAGCUUCUUAGCUCGGCUAGUGUGCACGAUCUGAGCGCCUUGUUGAAGCGUUGGUUGCGUGAACUACCCCAACCCCUGCUAAGCAACGAACUCAUCCAGUUGUUCUAUCAGUGUCAUGCUCUCCCGCCCACAGAUCAAGCCAAAGCUUUGGCCAUCAUAUGCCAAAUGUUGCCGCAUGAGAAUCGCAAUACGCUGCGCACUUUGUUGCGCUUCCUCAACUAUGUGGUCGAUCAAAAGGAUUUGAAUAAAAUGAAUUUGCACAAUGUGGCCACCAUUAUUGCCCCAUCAUUCUUUCCGCCGCGUUUUGUGCAUCCCAUCGAUAAGAAUAGCAUAGAGGAUCAGGUGAAAAUGGCCGCACAAUGUUGUCGCCUGACCAACGUUUUGAUAACACGCGGCGAAACCCUAUUCCAAGUGCCAAAUAAUCUGAUAGAGGAGUCCAAAGCAUCAAAUAAGCGACAGGGCAAACGUGGUUUACAUAGACGUGUCAAGGCCACCACGUCUCUGCUGCAUGUAAGCAGUUCACCUAUCAGCACCAAUAACAACAAUAAUAGCCCCAGCAGCAACAACAACAACAAUAAUAAUAGCAAUAACAAUAAUGUUAACACUAAUCACAACAAUACCAGUACCAUAUCCAUUGGAGAGAAUGGCAGUAUGGUAACACGUCAACAGUCAAUCAAUCCAAGUCAUGUACAUCGCCUAAUUAUCUAACUGCGAAACCAUUCAAAUGUCAUCUAUGUCAAAAUGAUGGUUGUUUUUUAAUUUUAUUUUCUUCUUUUCAAAGGCAAACAGGACCAAAGAGUCAAAUCUUCCAUAAACACACAAAAAAAUUAUUAAACUACAAAUAAAUUACAUAAAACACAAAAUCACAUUGUGGAUAAUGAACAGAAAGGUGUCUAAACAAAAUCAUGUUUAAUUUGAAUAAAAAAUAUCGAAAUUUUUUUCAUU